AUGAAGGUGACGGUAACGACGCUCAGCGACGACAGCGUGUUCGUGCUGGACGUGAGCGAGGAACUGGAGCUGGAGAACUUCAAAGCCUUCUGCGAGAUCGAGAGCGGCGUGCCGGCCCACAAGAUCGUCAUCGCGUUCAACGGCCUGCCGUUGAUGGACGACAAGAAGUCGUUGCGCGACCACGGCAUCCGCGACGGUGACGCGGUCAUCCUCCAGCACAUGCAUCACAGCGGCAGCGACCUGAACCUGCAGGCCUCCAACGGAGCUAUUCCGUUACUGGACUUCAGUACCAUCAGAGUUCCCGGCACCAGCAACACCCAGCAGCGUCCACCAGCAGCGGUCUCCAAUAACAGAGUGCAGAAUCCUCGCAGCGAGGACGAUCCCGCUUUGAUAAGGAACAUGUUCCUGGCUAAUCCAGACCAGCUGGCUUUGCUCAAGCAAAAUAAUGCUAGACUGGCGGACGCCCUGUUGUCCGGGAAUCUCGAUAGCUUUUCGACUGUACUCAGAGAGCAGAUAGCCGAGCGGGAAGAACGACAAGCACAACGGCUGAGAAUGAUGAACGCGGAUCCGUUCGACACGGAGGCGCAGCGGCUGAUCGCCGAGGAGAUCAGGCAGAAGAACAUCGAGGCGAACAUGGAGGCCGCGAUGGAGUACAAUCCCGAGACCUUCGGCACCGUCGUCAUGUUGUAUAUCAAUUGUAAAGUCAACGGGUUCCCGGUGAAGGCCUUUAUCGAUUCAGGUGCACAAACUACCAUCAUGUCCGCCGCUUGUGCCGAGCGAUGCCACAUUAUGCGAUUGGUGGACACGAGGUGGGCCGGCGUGGCUAAAGGUGUCGGAGUUCAAAAAAUUAUCGGUCGUAUUCACAUGGUACAAAUACAGAUCGGCAAUGAUCAUCUGACGACGUCGUUCAGCGUCCUGGAAGAGCAGCCUAUGGACAUGCUGUUGGGACUGGACAUGCUCAAGAGACAUCAGUGCUGCAUAGACUUGAAGAAGAACGUCUUGAAGAUUGGCACUACGGGUACCGAGACUUCGUUUCUAGCAGAAGGCGAUUUACCAGAACGUGCGAGAUUAAGCGGAAACAGCGACGAAUCGUUGGACGAUAGGGAUCUCCAACGUGCUCUUGAGGACAGCUCGAGAGACGCGAAGAAGCAGAGGCAGCAGCAUGACAGCAGCAAUAAUCCGGGUUCGUCCGGGAGCAGACCCGCCUUGGAGACGACGGUCUAUCCGCACGAUCCAUUCACGGAAGCGACGGUUAAGGAGCUGGAGGCCCUCGGCUUCACCAGGGCGCAAGUGAUCGCGGAGCUGCGUAGAUUUAACGGUGACAAAACGCAGGCGACUGCCGCGUUGUUCGCGAAGUCAUUGAAAUUCUGAACGCGCGACUCGAUUCGUAAAUCACUGGUGAGAGAAACAGCGAGGACAGUGAAAUUGUGAAUGCAUGACGCGCAAUAAAGAUGGAGGGAGGUCCGCAAACUUCAAAGCAAUUUCUACGUAUCGUCUAGCGUUGCCGUCGGUAUUAGCUGUUCGAUAUACUUUAUCCGCUAAUAACAAAUUUCGGCAACAUUUUGCAGGUCGAUAAACUUACGGCUCAACGACCAUAAGACCUGCCGCGACCUAGAACGCGUUGCGCGUCUUUUCUAAUUUUAUAAGUGUGAACUGAAAGAAUUAUGCAAGGAUAAUUUGAAGGAAUUUUUCCGAGUUAUUGAGAUAAUAAGAAAUUACACACGCAUACACAUACUCUCCAACUAUAUUACACGUUAUUUUCCGUUACGUGCGUACACGCGUCGCCUAAACUGCAAGAUUUCCAGCGCGUUAGUAUACCGGGUACGUAGAGUUACGUAAUAACACGUUCAGAGAACGAUACCAAAUCGCUACGACCUGAUACUUAAUGUAAUUGUUUGCGAUACGUAAUACAUAGACAUACGUAUACAGUUGUACGUUGAAUAUCGAGAUUCAGUUACGCAUAUGUACGAUCUCGCAGGUAAGAUGCAAUGAGACUUGUGCGUACGUAGCUGCUGAAUAGGCGUAGAACGAAUGAUAACGAAUGAUUUUUUUCUAUCGCGUCGCGAGAGAGAUGUAUGCUUCUGUCUCUCCUCGCGGUGUCUUCUCUCUGAUAUUUCGUUUAAAUGGUGAACAUGGACAAAUGUAUAUACCUAGUAUUAAUAGACUGUAAAUGAAUCGUGCACGACAGAUUAGAUGGAUAGAAUCCUCGCGCGGACAACGCCGGCGCUUCACGGUUUUGUAACGUUUCAAGAGAAUUUGUCGUUAGACUCGGCUAAAACUCAGUUCCUCGUUAUGCUUAUCGAAGAAACAGACAGGCUGUGUACAUAAAACGAAAUUUGACAGACAGGCAAAUAGGGAGAUUUUCCAGUUUUUUACGAGAGACAUUUGUUACAGUAGAGAUUACGGGGGAAGGUCGUAGUCUUCAUUAUAAUCUCUGUAUAACGCAGGCGUGCAUCGAUCUUGCAGAUUAUAUCAAUUUUGUACUGCUGCUAUUUUUUUUGAUAAAGGUAUUUGGUAUGUUAUUGUAAUCUCUUGGUCACUUAUAAAGACGUAACGAAC